AUGGCCGAAAAGGCCCCUCCUUCUCUCACCGCUGUCGCAGUCUCUUCGCUCAUUCUCGGCCUGCUGGCAGGCUACUUCAUCGGCCAAGGGUCCAGUAUUGGUGUCUUUGGCGGCUCUGGCGGCUCGAAACAGGCCAAGACGAGCUGGCCAAACAGUUACGAUGUCAAAGUCCACGCCGACUCAAGCGAUGACCAGGCCGAUGACGAGGAUGAGGCGGAUGAAGACGGAGAAGAUGGGGAUGGGAAAGAAUUGAAGGAUUUCAAGGACUCCAGUGAGGACGUCAAACUUGUCCUAGGCGUGAGAACAGACCUGGGAAUGGGAAAAGGCAAAAUCGCAGCUCAAUGUUCUCACGCGACGCUUGCCUGCUACAAGUAUCUACUCAACCAUGUCACGUCAGCUCCGAUGCUUAAACGUUGGGAACAAGGAGGACAACCCAAAAUUGCAGUCCAAGUCAAGUCCGAGGAAGAAUUGGAGACACUGCAAGCCCAAGCCAUUAGCUUAGGGCUUUGUGCAAGGAUAAUACACGAUGCAGGAAGGACCCAGAUCGCUGCGGGCAGUGCCACGGUCCUAGGCAUACUUGGUCCUAAGAGCGUGGUUGAUCAGGUCACAGGACACUUAAAGCUGUUGUGA